ACCUAAUCAAAAUGGCGUCUGUCCACGGUGUGGACUUCCUCCAAAAUGAAAUCGAAAAAGCAAAAGAAAGCCUCAAAGGAGUGGAUGAAAACCUUAAAAGGGUGAUGGGGAGAGAUCCUUCUCAAAGGGGUGCAGAAAAUAGAGGUUUGGGAGGAUCUGGGCCAAUGGUGAAUAGGCGGCGAGUGACUGUAGGUGGGACUGAAAGCUUCAGGGGUAGAGAACGUACCUUCAACACUGGGGACAGGAGAGGAGCAGGAGGAGGAUUGGAGAUCUACUCACCCCCAGCCAAGAGGAGGAACAUGGGCCAAGGAGUCACAGCAAGGCUGGGUGGAAGAGUAGGAGGGAGGCAAGGCCGGGAUAGUGGAGAUGAAGAGGAACUCCCCAACAAGCCCACUAUCCUGUCAUCUGUAGUCCCUACCCCAGAGGCAGUCAAGUCCCGCAAAGACAGCAUCGAUGAGCAAAACAAAGAUGAGAGAGGAAAACAAAGAAAUCGGCGCAUGUUUGGUAUGUUACUUGGUACAUUAAAGCGGUUUAAAGAUGAUUCCAAACAGGACACUCAAAAAGAAAACAGCCGCAAAGAAAUUGAGAAGAAGCUUGAAGAGAAAGCUUUACAAGAGAAGGAUGCAAUCAAGAGAGAGCGUGAGGAACUCUUCCAGGAGCGUCGCUCCCAGCAGACAAAACUGCGCCGGUUGGAGCACAAGAUGGAACUGGUGCAACUGCAAGAACAGUGGGAGAAAGAAACCCUAAAGAUGAAGAAUUUUAUUCGUACCAAGGUGAAGCCACACAUAUUCUACCUGCCCAAGAGUCAUGUGGAGGAGACUAGCAAGCGCUUGGCUGACACGAAGACAGUUCUUGAUGAGCUGAUCAAAACCAGGAAGCAGAAGUUGCAGAUGCGCAUAGAAAAGAUGAACCAGAAAGAAGAGGCUAGGGACAGACGUGCACAGGGAAUUCAGGAAGAUGAGCAGGAAUCUAGUGGAGAAGAAGAUAAUGAUGAAGCAGAGGAUAAACCUAAGAACAAAGAUAAAGCAGAGGGAGAUGGGGAUGGAAGUCGUAAGAUUAAAGUUGAAGAUAAGGAUGGAGAUAAGGGAGAGGAGGGCAAAGGUAGACCAAGGGAAAGGAGGUUCAGUGAGAGAGAGAAGAGACCUAGAAGUGGGGAAGGGAGGGACAGGUCCAAGCCACGUAGUGGCGAAAGGGAUGAGGGAAGAAGCAGAGACAAAGGUUCCAGAAAACAUAGUGAUAAAAGGGAGGGAUCCAAACAUCGUAGUGGGGAAAGGGAUAGAAAAUCUAGGAGCAAAAGUAGGGACAGGAGAAGGGGGAGGCAUCGUAGUGGAGAUCGCCAAUCAAGGAGUAAAAGUAAGGAAAGGGGAAAGCACGGAGGGGAAGGGCGGAGAAGCAGGGAGAGGAAUAACGAUAAGGAUAAAAGAAAAAGUAGGGAACGCAGGCAUAGUGGUAGAGAUAAGAAAGAAAGUGGGAGGAGGGAAAGUGUUGAAAGGGAUGGUAGCCCAACUGCGGGAAAAAAGUCAGUGGAGGGUAGGGAAAGUAGGGAAGGAAGUGUAGGGCAAGAUGCUAGAAGAGAAGACAAGGAAGGUAAGUCAGACCAACUAGAGAAAACAGAACCUAUGGAACAUGAUGGUGAAAAGGAAAUGCAUGAAGCUCAGGAUACAUCUAGUGAUAAACUUCCCAAAGACAGUGAAGAGAAUGAUGAAGGGGAAAAUUCAAUGGACACUGAAACUUCCAAUGUAAAUGAAAAUGGUGAAACAUAAUUUUUUGUGAUGACAGAUUAUUUCAACAGAUUUUAUAUUAAUUAUUUUUUAUACUGUAUGUUCAGUGACUUCAGCUUAUCUCAAUUUUAAAUUGUGGACAAUUAGUGAUUGCAUCGAAACAUAAUAUGAAUAUGCAACAAGGGAGUGAAUUCUUAGUUCUGGUUAGUUUUUAUGUGAGAGAGGUUCAAACAUUUAGCUUAGAUGUUGUAACAUUGACUUCAGAACUUGUACUUUGGAAACCAACAACUCAUUUGAAACAAAGGGAGGUUCAUCCAAAAUAAAACAGAUUUCAUAGUCUGUCCAUGAUGUGUUGCUGUACUCAUAUUAUUACUCGUGUGAAUGCAAAAAUACUAAGUUUUAUUGUUUUGUUUUGUUUGAACCAUAGUUGUAGGUAACAUAAUAUAUAAAAUUUGGUUUUAUUUGGAUUUUAUUCAUGUGAUGAUUUCUAUGUCACCAUCAUGUGUAUUAUGUCACCAUCAUAUGUGUUAUGUCACCAUCAUAUGUGGUGACAUAUUGUUGUGAUCUCCAAGUUUUUUGUGAGUGGUUGGUGUUUGGCGUUCAGAGUUUGGCAUCUGUAACAAAUGGCA